AGUUUUGUUCACACCCCACACCUCUCCAUCUUUAGAGAGAAAGGAAUAAAACAGAGAUAAAUGAGAGAUAUGAUUGGAAAUGUAAUACGAAUAAAAGAGAGAGAUAAAAAGAGAAGAGUGAAUCUAAAAUAGUAGAAAAAUAUAUGUGUGAAAAUAUCUGAACUCAAAAAUUGCUAGAUCCCGCAUGUGGGGGUCCAUUGAAGUUAAAAAUCAUUUUCGAAAAAUCAAUCUAAUGUGUUUUCGUUGGUUUCAUGUGUUACUGUUAGCGUUAUGAGACAUGAGUCAUUCAGGUGAGUGUUUGCUGCAACUAGCACAAUGCUACCUUAAACACCCAAGACAACUGAAGCAAAUCCAUUCCCUUAUAGUCACCAAUGGCCACCUCCUUCUUCCUCACCCCGAACCAGCAUCAUCUUCUUCCCAUGAUAAAUGGAAACCAACCCUUCUCUUCAACGCCCUCAUCAGAGCCUAUCACAUUCACAACCACCACACCAAAGUCCUUCUCCUCUUCACCCACAUGCUAGCAAACCAAGCCCCACCCAACACUCACACCUUCCCACCCCUCUUCAAAUCCUCACCUCCUUUUCUUCUCACACCCCUCCACUCUCAAGCCCUCAAGCGUGGCACACUCUCUGACCCUUUUGUCCUCACCACUCUCCUUGUCCUCUAUGCUAGAAAUAACCACCUUGUUCAUGCACACAAGGUGUUUGAGGAAAUUCCUACCUUUUGCGUCGUUGCUUGCAACGCAAUGCUCAAUGCUUUGUCCGUGAAUGGGAAAAUGGAAGCUGCUGUGUCACUCUUGCAUAGCAUGCCAAUCAGGGAUGUUGUUUCAUGGACAACUGUUGUCAAUGGGUUUGCAUUGAAUGGGAGUUUCGGUGCUGCGAUUCGGUUUUUAGGGAUGAUGAUGGCUCAUGAGGACGUUGUGGGUGGUUUGGUGAGACCAAAUGAGGCUACUUUUGUUAGUGUGCUCUCCUCAUGUGCCAAUUUGGAUGGUAAAGCGGGUAUUGAUUGUGGGAAGCAAGUUCAUGGAUACAUGGUGGUGAGAGGGGUCAGCAUGGGAGUCUUUGUAGGAACUUCAUUGAUAGAUCUUUAUGGGAAGAUGGGGUGUUUGAAUUCUGCUGUGAAUGUUUUCAGAGUGAUGGUUGCCAGAGAGGUCUGCACUUGGAAUGCAAUGAUUUCUUCACUGGCUUCAAAUGGUAGGGAGAAGGAGGCUCUGGAAUUGUUUGAGAAGAUGAAGCUUCGAGGUUUGCAGCUUAAUGGCAUUACCUUCGUGGCGGUUCUUACAGCAUGUGCUCGUGGGAAACUUGUCAAGGAAGGAUUGGAGUUGUUUCAAUCAAUGUUGCAUGAGUUUCAAGUGGUGCCAGUAAUGGAGCACUAUGGGUGUGUGAUUGAUCUUUUGGGUAGAGCAGGACACAUCCAGGAAGCGGCUGAAAUAAUCCGAAACAUGCCUUUUCAGCCCGAUGCAUCUGUAUUGGGGGCAUUCCUGGGUGCAUGUAGGAUCCAUGGAGCUAUUGAACUUGGUGAAGAAAUAGGGAAAAAGAUGCUUAAAUUGCAGCCACAGUACUGUGGCCAAUAUGUGUUAUUAUCAAGUAUGAAUGUGGAGAGAGAAAGAUGGGAUCAUGCAGCUGAUAUGAGGAAAGAAAUAAUGGAGACUGGAAUUCAGAAAAUUCCAGCAUACAGUAUGGUUCAUUUGACAUAAUUUUCUUCUUAUCUUCUAAGUCUGUGCUAUGUACAAUAGAGGUAAGGCACUUUAUAGAUUAAAGAUUGAGAAAUUUAAUUGUCUGGGGUUUGACAGUAGUUUUUUUCUUGCUGGUGUAUUUGUAUAAUCCACCUGUUACACAUUGAUUGAACAUGUAAUUUAGAAUGAAAAGUUUGCUUUUUCUUGCUGGUGUAUUUGUAUAAUCCAC